CUUUUUUUUCAUUUCAAAACGAUAAUUUCAGGUUGUUUUCGUCACACAGCUGAUGCGUGCACACACGCGCAUCGAGACACAUCGCAUCGACUUGGCUUCCGUGGGAUAUUCAUGCCGUCCGCUUGACGCCGAACGAUGACGAGUACGAAUGAUAAGUCGCAAAUUCAGUCCAACGAGGAGGUCAUAGAGGAGCUCACUAGAGAUCUAGAAAGUUCUUGCAUCCGUGAAAAUGGGGACCAGCGAGUGGAUGGUGCUUCGGACGCGGACGCGCGAUCGAGGGGUGUGCUCGAGAGUGACUCGUGGGAUGUCGUCGAUAAGGAGGACAAUGACGAUCAGGCGCAAAAUACGGAUCUUGUAGAAGACGUGGAUGAGGAUCUCCUCAAGGAUAGGGACCUGUUACUUACGGAAAGCGAACUGGAGGCAUUGAAGCAUGAAGCGGAAAAUUUAAAGCAAGCAGGCAACAAUCUCUUCAAAAGUGGCGAAUAUGUACAGGCGAUAUCACAAUACACAGAGGGAUUGCGAACUUGUCCUUUAGUAUACACUAAAGAAAGAUCUAUAUUAUAUGCAAAUAGAGCAGCAGCAAAAGUAAAGUGUCAGUCAGAGAAAGAUUCAGCUAUAUCCGAUUGUACAAAAGCCAUCGAAUUAGAUUCCAGCUAUGUCAAAGCUUAUAUAAGAAGAGCGCAGUUGUAUGAAGAAACAGAGAAAUUAGAUGAGGCAUUAGAGGAUUUCAAGAAAGUAUUGACGUUUGAUCCUAAUCAUACAGAGGCUAAUCAUGCUAUCAGGAGAUUACCUCCGUUAAUCAAUGAAAGAAAUGAGAAGCUGAAGGCAGAAAUGUUGGGCAAAUUAAAGGAUUUAGGGAACAUGGUUUUAAAACCCUUCGGCCUUUCCACAAAUAACUUCGAAUUGCAAAAGGAUCCCAACAGUGGCGGUUAUUCCGUAAAAUUUCAUCAGAACCCCAUGUAACAAGCUAGUUAUAUAUUUUUUAUUUAUAAACUAAAUUAUAGAUAAACUUUGUUCUUUAUCUGUAAGAAAUUAAGAUAUAUUUAUAUAUUCUACGCGAAUCCUAUUUUGUUCCUAAACUCUGUAAUUAAAUAGGUAUUGAUGAAAUAUUAACAACAUAAUCGAAAUUA